GGGGAGACGGUCGUGGGGGUCUCAACGCCAGUGGCUUUCCUCCGGGACCCGGGCGCGCACGCGCAGAGGGUCGUCUUCAACCAGGUCGCCCGCAAUGCGGCCGAGCUGCCCUUGGGCGGCUUCUCCAAGCUGACCCCGAGCGCCGCCGUGCUGGUGGACCUGCAGGUGCCCGCAGGCCACGUCCUGCGCGCGUGGGCCGACGACCUUCAGGACUCCUACUCGGCCUUCGACUUUGCCGAUGAGAUGGCUCGCACCAACGACGUCGCCCUCCCGCUCUCUCCGAGGCUCUACGAGGGCUUCGCCGCGCUGGACCGCCUGCGGAGCCGCUGCCCUCGUAAGGGCCGCGAUCUCCUUGAGAAGGUGGCCCACUGCCAUGGGGCCGCCUUGGGGCGCGUCGUGCCGGGCGACCACUUCGGCCUGGCCGUCGACGCGCCUGGCUCGCAGACGGCCCGGCACGCGACCAGGAAGUCCCCCGCCCGCGCGCGGGAGGGCUAUGCCGACGCCGGCCUGAAGGUUCGCUCGGGCAGGGAGGUGAUGGAUGCAGCCGAGGCGACGGUCAUCGGGGCGGAGCUUCUCGGACACGGCCUGCUCGUUGGCGCCUCCCGCGCGGGCGGGCUGGCGCUGGAGGUCGACCAGCAGAGGAGCCCGCGUGGAGUGUUCGAGCUGCGCGGCGCCGCCUGCAACGAGUGCGCCCUGUCCGCCGUCCUGCUGCCGCUGAUGGCAUCGGACCUCCCCGCGGGGGCGUUCGACCCGGCGGUUUUGCUCAUCGAGUACUUCGACGUGCUGGAGCUCUGCUAUGGGGAGGAGGCCCGGCUCGCGGGUUAGUUCGCGGGCCGGGGCCUUCGCGCGGGCCCGGGAAUCGACGUCGAGCGCCGCGAAUAUUAGGACCUGGCCGACUCGCGUCUUGCGGAGCGGGUCGUCUGGCUGAUCUGGCGGAGGCGC